AUGCAUUUCCAGAAGCUCACCGUUCUGGCCUCGGCCCUCCUCGCCCAGGAGGCCCUGGCCGGCAGCGCCCACCGUUUCGCCCACCGCGAGUAUCACGACAAGAAGGACGUCGUCUACGCCCACACCGAGGUCGAGACCGUUGUCGAAUGGGUCACUGUCACCGCCUGGGACCCCCCAGAGAGCCAGCCUACCAAGGUGGUCUCCGUCUUCAAGGGCCACCACAGCGCGCCCCCACCGCCCCCUCCGCCUCCGCCUCCGGCCCCGACCACCACUUCGACUUCGUCGACCUCGUCGUCGUCGUCGACCUCGGUCGCCCCGGUCGUUCCUGCUCCUGCUACCACCCUGGCCACCUCUAUCAAGCCCCAGGUCCAGGUUGCCCAGGCCUCUCAGCCUCCGGCUCUCAAGGCCGAGGCCAAUGUCGAUGUGAGCGUCGGCCUUGGCAUCGGCGGCGGCAGUGUCAGCACCCCCGCUGCCUCUCCGACCGGCUCCACCGGCGGUUCCAGCGGCGCCCCCAGCGGCGGCAACAAGCGUGGUCUCGCCUACAACCAGGGCAACCUCCUGAGCGCCUUCCUGAACUCCGGCACCAAGUGCAACUGGAGCUACAACUGGGGUCAGACCAAGGAUGCUGGCGCCCCCGACUCGCUCGAGUUCGUCCCCAUGAUGUGGGGCCCCGGUCCCAACCACGAGCCCACCUGGCCCAGCAGCGCCGAGAAGGCCAUCGCGGCCGGCACCAAGGACUUCCUGUCCUUCAACGAGUGCGACCACCCCGGCCAGUGCAACAUGAGCCCCUCCGACACUGCUGCCGCCCACAUCCGCCUCAUGAACCCCUACCAGGGCCGCGUUCGCAUCAGCGCUCCCGCCAUCACCAACUCCAACUCCCCUGGCCAGGGUAUCGACUGGCUCAAGCAGUUCUUCGCUGCCUGCAAUGGCAAGUGCGCCGUCGACUUUUGCGCUGCCCAUUGGUACUCGCCUGCCGACCCUGACGAGUUCCUUUCCCACAUGGUCAACGUCCACAACGCCUGCCAGGGUAAGCCCGUCUGGAUCACCGAGUUUGCCCCCUUCGGCAGCGACGACCAGAUCGAUGCCUUCCUCAAGAAGGUCAUGAACGCCAUGGACAACGACCCCAAGUACAACUUCAUCGAGCGCUACAGCUACUUCAUGGUCGGCCCCGGCUCCAUGAUCAGCUCCGGCACCUCGCUCUCCAGCUAUGGCAAGACCUUCGCCUACGGCUCUUAA